UAUUUUGAAUUUUAAUUAAUGUCAUAUCGUGUUUUAUUUUGAAGUAGAUCCGUGAAUAUCAAAUAUUACAUACAAUAAGUAGGCUAUAAUUACAUGGACACACUUUUUAUUUUGCAAAUACCAUAUGUGAAACUUUCGAAGACUCCGACCUCCGUUGUACUCCCCCUAUAUUUUAAUGUAUGACGCCGUUGACUUUUUGACCAACGUUUGACCAUUCGUUUUAUUCAAAUUUUUUGUGCAAAUAUUAAAAUAUUUAUGUCAUGCUUAAAGAACAUUUGAUGACGAAUCAAGUCACAAUAAAAUAAAUAAUAAUUACAUAAAUGUUUGGAAUAAGACGAAUGGUUAAACGUUGGAUAAAAAAUCAACGGUGUCAUACAUUAAAAUAUGAAAUAUGAAGGUAGUAUGUGAAAGCCUGAUAUGUCAAUUGGUUAGAUUUCUUGUGGUGAAACAUGCAUCUUCAAAUUCAUUAUAUUUUAAUUGUAAAAAAAAAUCUUUAGAGAUGGUUACUCUUAAAAUUAUCAGAUUUUUUUUGUCACGGCUAAAAUGUAAUGAAUCUUAAUAUGAAUUUUCGCAUAUAUGUGUAGUACUAUUAGAAAUAACUGUUUAUUUUUUUCUAAUUUUUUAUGACAUUUGCUAGUUGGUGUGUGUGAGAAACCUAUAUGCAUAUUUUUCACUUAGACACAGGAGCGGAGCUAGGUAGGAUAGGGGGUGCCCAGGAACCCGGUUAAGAAAUUUUUUUAAGCUAUAGUUCAUCUAUUUUCACCAUAUAUGCACCUCCCUCAAUCCAAAUUUAGGCACUUAUAUCAGUCUAAAGUAGAGUAAAAUAAGUGAGUGGCAGCUCUCUUCAUUUCGUUCUAGCUCCGCUCCUGCUUAGACAUACUAUCUCGAUAUAACAAUUCAACCAAGUCUUACGUGAACUAUGAACCGCCCAACACAAAGGUUCAUGAGAUAUCCGCCGUUGGUGGUCAGGUGAGGUGAGGUGAGGUGAAGCUUUGGGAAGCAUCAACCUUGAAAACCAAGAAAAGGUCGUGGGCGACAGGGCGAGCGCCAUAAAUAUCUGAAAACAUCUUGUGGAGAGCUGACAGGUGGGACCCGAGGGGAGGUCCCGAUCGGACUGUAGCGUGGGGGCGGGGAUCGAGUGGGCGGGUAGCGACAGGCCACCGCCCACCCAGCCCAUCCGCGCGCGUGGACGCAAAAUGGAGUGGCGCGCGCCGAACGAAACGGAAGCCGCAGCCAGCAAAUUGCAAAGGAAGGCAAAUCACAAGCAAAUCCACCCCCGCGCCGCGCCGCUCGCGCUCGGCUCCGCCUUUUUUCCCUUUCGACGUCGUUGGGCCAAGGAAACGGAACCAAAUCUUAUCGCCUCCUUGUGUGGGCGCCAUCCGUCCCUCCGUCCGCUGCCCAUCUCUCUCUCACGCUCGCCGUCCUCUUGUGCCUUCUUGGCUUGGGUUUGCCUGCGCCUGCGCGCGCUUGGCCUAGUUGCAUCGUCUGCGUUGCGGCUGCUGCGAUAGCAUGUAGGCCAACCGCGUCAUCUUAUCUCUCUCUCUCUCUCUCUCCCCCCAUCAUUUCAUCUGAUCUAGUAUCUCAUCUCCUCCUCCCCUCCUUUUCCUUCUCCCCCAACCAACUCACUCUUCAUCUUCAACACCUUGCUGUUCGUCCUCGUCUCGUCGUGCUGAUUGUUCAAGAACAGGAGAAAGAAAGGAAGAAGCAGUUUGAUUGAUCUGUUUCUGUUGGGGGGAGCUCGGUGAUCCAUGCAUGGAUGGCAAAGAACUCCUCUCACCGUCCGAACUGUCAUACUAUGCGCACCAGCAGCAUCAGCAUCAGCAUCAGCAGCAUCAGCAGCAACACCGGAUGCUCGGGGGCGGAGGAGGCGGCGGCGGGCAUAGCGCGUCGCCGCUCGCCGGGAUGCACGGCGGCCCGUCGGUCAUCCGACCCAUGCCCAACAUGGGGAUGAGCCCCACCGCGAUCCUCCAGUCCAUCGGCCCGGGCCCGCUCGCCGGCAUGCAGUUCCAGAUGGACGCCGCGCCGCCGCCGCCGCCAUUGAUGCACAACAGCAUGGCCUCCGUCUCCGCCUCCGCCGGCGCCGGCUCACCCACCGUGCCGCCGUCCGCGACGCCCAUGGAGCCGGUCAAGAGGAAGCGAGGCCGCCCGCGCAAGUACGGCCCGGACGGGACCAUGAAGGUGUCCACCGCCGCCGCCGCGCAGCACCAGCAGCAGAUGCUGAGCGCGCCGCCGAGGAUGGGGUCCGUGUCCGGCGCCGACAUGGUUGGCGGCGGCUCAGGGAUGGACGACUCGGCGCAGAAGAAGCGGCGCGGGCGGCCGCCGGGGACAGGGAAGAAGCAGCAGCUCUCAUCACCGGUUAAGCUUUCAGGGGGCAAUGCGUUCAGUGGCUCAGCUGGAACGAGCUUCACCCCUCACAUCAUCACGGCAUCUCCUUCAGAGGACGUUGCAGGGAAGAUCGUGGCGUUCGCCAACCAUUCGUCCAGGGCGGUGUGCGUGCUCUCGGCCACCGGCUCCGUCUCCCGGGUGGUCCUCCGCCACCCGGCCGACGGCGCCAUGUCAAGGGUUCACGCCUCCUCCCACUACAAGAACCCUGCCAUCUACGAGGGGCUGUACGAGAUCUUGAGCAUGUCGGGGUGUUACAACCUGAUGAACGAGGGGCAGAGCGACGGGCUGAGCGUGACGCUGUGCAGCCCCGAGAGGCAUAUCAUUGGAGGCGUUCUCGGCGGAGCAUUGGUAGCUGCCAGCACCGUUCAGGUGGUACUUGGGAGUUUCGUGCAGGGAGGGUCGAAGCCCAAGUCGAAGAAGGCCGGGAAACAGCAGCAGCAACAGGCGGCGGCGGCGGCCUUCAGCUCGGACUCGCUGACCGGAGGAGGGCAGGACGCGUCGCCGAGCUCCGGCCAUAACCAAAAUCUAACGCCGCCGCCCCCUGUAACAACGACGGGAGGGUGGCCUAGCUCCGGGAUAUUUGACACGAGAAGUUCCAACAUUGAUAUCAACUCAUCUAGAGGCUAGCUUCAUCUCUCAAUUUGUCGACUCUUCCAUAUGUGCUCCAGAAAUUUGUUUUUCUGAUUCCCAAAGAAUUACCCCCAAAAUUGUACUCCUCUCUGUAAUAGCCUGUUCAGUUUUUGAGCCGUUAAUUCUUAUAGAUUAUUAUUAUUCACUAGGCAACGUUGCAUUCAUGCAUGCAUGCAUGCUCAGAGUUGUGUAAUCCCAACAGGAUAAUCUUGCUUUUCUUUCAGCGACAUGUGCUACUGCCCAACCUGUACAUUCAGAUUUCCUUCACUACCUUUA